AUGGCCGCUCCGUCCCUGUGGCAUCUCCUUCUCGUGUUCUCGCUUGUCACAGUCGCCUCUUCGCUCGAGGUUACACCCGACUCGGACUGUGAAGCAUUGUGUUUGAGCGGAAUAAACGGCACAGCAGUCGAUACGACGACAUUAGGGACGAACUCGUCAGACAUUGUUUGCGAAAACGACCAGUACCAUUCGACAGGCAAAGGCAUCAAAUUCAAGAACUGCAUCAAUUGCUUGCAGAAGAGCCAGGCAACUAAGGGCCCUGAGAACGACGCCGCAUGGUUACUCUUAGAUGUCUGCAUAUUUGACUUCCCUGAGACCGUUUCCAACAUCAACUCUCCCUGCAUCAUCAACAGCGCUUGCCGACCCCUCAAGAACGCCCUGACGACUGGACUUACAACGCCAGACGCUAACACGGCAUACGACUAUUGCACGGCGGACGGAGACAAGUUCUCGAGCUCAAAUUGGUGGUCCUGUGUCCGGUGUUUGCAGUCAAGCGACAUCUUGAUUGCUCUCAAAGCCGGCUGCCAGCAGAAGCCUGUCGACGGGAACCUCCUUGGUUUGACCGGCCAGCUCUUCUCCACUGAGGCCGUCAACAUUACCGAGCCGAGGGCUAAUACGACUAUGCCAGGAGACGGCGGGGCUUCCUCGACUACGAUGACGCUCGGCACCAUUGUGGGCAUCGCCGUCGGCGGCGGCCUCGUCUUCGUCGGAGCCAUCUGCCUCUUCGUCAUCUACUGCCGCAAGCAGCGCAAGCAGAGGACCGAGGACGAGGCGAGCUUCGCUCCCCAACCGCCCAGGAGCCACGCCAGCUCCAUCACCGCUGUCAACAAGAGUCCGUACAUGCCCAUCACAGACCACAAGAAGUCGCCGUCCAUCAACUCUUACAACUACGAGCUGCAAGAGAAACAGAACUUCAACAGCAAUGCCGACUACUAUGACAGGCUGGAGCAAGAGAUCCAGACCGGGCGGGACAUGGCGCACUACAACUUCGACCCCCACUCCGGCUUUCACGGGCCCGGCAGCGCUCUCCCGACACACCCGGCUUAUAUACCGCGAGCCAUGAGCCGCCAGUCGAACCGCACCAACACGCCCACGCCGCCGAACCCGCGGAAGACGAACACGCCGGACUCGUACGCGCUGCAGACCUACCUGACAGCCACCGAGGAACCAGGCAUGAGCGGCAUGAGGCCGCCGCCGCGAGCCGUGUCGCGAACACCGUCGCCUGCGAGGUCACAAGGAUCACCCGGCGACAGCACGGCGCAGCCGAGGCUUGUGAACAUCCCGCCGCCGCCUCCGGGAGGGCCUCCGACUCGGAAACAGUCCCGGAGGAUACCGUCCCUCUCUCUCCCCUCGGUGCCACGGAUUCGCGUGCCGAAGCAGUACUCCCCACCGCAGAUCGUCGUGGAGGGCGCGACACCGGUGGCGGAUCGUGGCGAGACCAAGGAAAUGCAAAUCUCAGAACCACUUACUUAUCACGGAGAGCGAUUCCACGAUAGGCCAUUACCCGGCCGCGCGAUCAUCUCUCAAGUGGCAGUGGUGAGGGACGUCGACCCUCGGGAAUAUGAGGGUGACAUGCCCAUUCGAAGUGGCAAGAGCACACUUUAUGGAUAG